AACCUCCUUCAAUCCUUCUACCAGCACCGUACACCAGACGCAGAUUGAUGGGUUGUAUUAGACGUCAUCUGAAUGGGAUCUCAUUAUUGUUGUGGAAAGGAAAAAAGAAGAGUUGUUAAGAUUUUCCAUGUCGAAGGCUUGCUUCGGUCUAACAGUGCAUCAUUUCUGCUUGAGCGGGAGAGAAAGAUCUAGGAGAACCAUGAGUGAUGAUUCAUGCCCUCUUUUGUAGUGCCAUGGCAAACCCGUCCAUGAUCUACUCUUACUGUGGGAUUUAGGUGAGAAGUGAAGAGAACGGUGUAUGCUUAGCUUUGGAUAAUCUCCCAAAAGAUUAUCCAGAUUUGGAUGCUAAAAAGAGUUGGGCUUCGCUGAAAUACUACUGAAGAGUUUGGUGGCCACCAUGCAUGGUACAAUGGAACAUUAGAGAUCCAUAUUUUUACAAAAAAUCUUUAACAAUUAAGUGUGAAUUUGGCCUACUUGGCUGUCCACUGAGCACUGGUGGGCCACGAGAGUAAGACACAAUAUUACUGUUGGAUUGGAGCCCCACUAAGAAGUCAAUCUGGAAGAUCCACGCAAUUUAAAGGACCCUCAAGACAUUAAGUCAUUCAAAAUGGCUAGUGUCCUUAAGCAAGGGGGACUCAUUAUCUGGAUGAUGUUAAUUCUUGGAUGCAUGGUGGACCUGGGCUGUGGCCUAGAAUUCCCUGGGACAGAAGGCCAGUGGACUCGCUUCCCUAAGUGGAAUGCAUGUUGUGAGAGUGAGAUGAGUUUUAACAUGAAGACCAAGCGAUCGAGUGGACUCGUUAUAUACUUUGAUGAUGAGGGUUUCUGCGACUUCCUGGAGCUCAUUCUCUAUGAGGGAAAAUUGAAGUUAAGCUUUUCUAUCUUCUGUGCCGAACCAGCUUCUCUCCUAACAGAUCUUGCAGUUAAUGACAACAACUGGCACUCAGUGGUCAUCAAGAGAAAUUUUAAGAACACAACGUUAAUCUUAGACAAGGAAAGCAAGUGGGUGGAAGUGAAAUCGAAACGGAGAGAUAUGACGGUCUUCAGUAAUCUUUUUAUAGGUGGGAUCCCACCUGAACUAAAAUCCUCAACGCUCAAAUUAACGUUCCCAGCAGUAAAAGACCACAGCCCUUUUCAAGGUUGGAUAACUGAUGUCCGGGUCAAUUUCACAGACUCCUCUCCUGUAACCUACAGUGACAUUAAGUUGGAGGACACUACAAACCCAUGUGACAAAGAUCAGGUUUGUCUGAAUGGCGGAAUUUGUUCAGUUGUCAAUGAAGAAGCCAUGUGCGACUGUUCCCAGACCGGGUUUCAAGGAAAAGACUGCAGUGAAGAAGACAACCAUGUAGAAGGUCUGGCGCACCUGAUGAUGGGCGACCAAGUUCUAGGUAAAAGUAAAGAAGAAGAUGGAGAGAAUCCAUGCUGGCUCAUGGGUGUGCACAGCUCCGCCAUCUUGUCCCGUUCUGAUGAAUUGGACGAGGGAGGCCAUGGCAUUGAGUGUGAUCUGGAGUGA